AUGACCGAUACUAAUAAUAGUUUCCCUCCAGACGCUUCAGCAGUCUUCGCUCUCAUGAAAUCGUUUAACGAGCAACAGUUAGCAAUGCCCCCCUCAUCAGUGGAUACAAGUGAUUCGAGAGAGGCCGAAGAACUGAAGAACCGUUUGCUGGUUGCAGCAAUGUCCAUGUUGAGCGCUUCCACCAUUCACCCUUCUACUUGGCCUUCUGAGUCAAAAAUUUCCACUCCAACUUCUAAACCAGACGUAGACUCCAAUUGGGAUGAAUUAAAUCUCACAUCACAAUUAUUCUCUGGAUUGACAACUCCCUCGUCUGAGGUGCCGACUUCCAUACCCAGCGAUUUCCAAUUUUCCAAUCCCUUUAUGAUGAUUCCACCUGGUUUUCAGUCUAUGGGGACAAAAAGUCUUCCUGCAGCCGCUAACGGUAAUAAAGACGAAGAUUUUUGUGACCUGUGUCAAAAGCACUUUUGUAAUAAAUACUACCUCCGAAAACACAAAAGCGAUGUUCAUCGAAUUCCCACUGAACCUUACUCACAAAUCCGGAAACGUGAAGUGGGUUCAGGUGAGUCCGAUGACAAUGAUCCAACGGACAAGUCACCAUGUACAAGCACAAAUGAAUGGAUGAAUGUCCUCACUUCCUCAGCUGCCACAGCCCAACAACUAGGGGAGAGCAUUCCAAACCGUCGAACUCCCGUGGAAGGAUUUCGAAACAUCCCGAACUCAACAGAAGCAAAUCUAACAAGUGAGAAAGAGCAAGUUUCAUUGUGGACGGCCAAAUCGGAAUCCAAAUCUUCCCGCAUAGAACUCAGCGAGAAUGCCACAUUUAUUCCACCCGUUAUUGCCAGUGAAGCAGUUUCCAGCCCUACUCUCAAUUCCGCAGUCACUAGCAAAACUCUUAAUGCUGGAGCACUUGAUAUGUUCAAGUCAAGCAUGGCAGCUGCAAAAUUAGCAGAUCGUGUCACUUGCGAUUUGUGCAAAAAGGAACUGUGUAAUAAGUACUUUCUCCGAACACACAAGAUCAAGGUGCAUGGCCUCUCACCUCAGGAGGUGGGUGGACCAAUCUCUAGAACCGCAGGUGGAAAACAUGCAGAGAAGAUACAACCUGAAAAUACAAACCAAAAUCUUGAUACUUUUGGCGUACCUCCACCUCUUCCGCCACCACUUUCACUCAUGACUCCCAUGCUGCCAUCCCAGUUUCCUGCUCCAUUGGGAGGUCUACCGCCGUGGUUACCUACACAGCCUCCAUCUGUAAUGUCAGACAUGUCAAGACCACCCCAAGAAGAGGCAAAAAAGGACCCUAUUUUGCAACUAAUGGCGGCAAAUACACUAGUUACUUGUCCACUGUGUGAUAAAACAAUUGGUCCACGUUUGUUUUUGCCGACCCACUUGACCUCAAUUCACAGUCUUAGUCCUACAGAUCCAUCAUUUUUCAUCUUUAUUUUGAGCGCGAGAACGCUAGACAGCAACGGUGAAAGUGAUGCCUCAACCGCCAAAAUGACACCGACAAGCAAUUCUGACCGUGGCAGUCCAACGUCUGCUGCCUUUCAAUUGCCAAAUCCUCCACUUAUGCGGCUACCAUCAACUACGUCUGUUGAAACAAUUACUCGAGAACAGGGUAGUGUACCGCAGCUUAGUGUGCCGAGCACCAUGAACGGCAUGAUUCCACCGUCACUAUCAAUGAACGAGGUGGGAAUUGAAAGCGGUGGUUUCGACUUAACCGUUACGGCGCCAGCUUCGAACGCUCUACUGCUGCCUCCACCGUUGGGACUCCUCUCCUCCCCUCCUGGACUCUAUCCAACCCCUCUUACCAUGCAGCCUCCACCUCCCCCUGCACCACCAACGGCGGCAGUAGGAAUGGUGGUGAACCCCACCGCCUCGGUGACCACCACAACCAAGUGGAAUCCCGUGCAUCUCGCCGCUUCCGGUCUGGCGGCAAAGCGCGUCCUGCCUAACGGUUCCACCGGCACAACUCCUCGCAAGUCACCAAACCAGAUGCGUGUCCUCUGCGACAUCUGUAACAAGUGGAUUUGCAACAAAUAUUUUCUUCGUACACAUAAAGCCAACAAACAUGGCAUUACGGACCAGACAGUAAUGCUAACACCAACUUCACAAGCUACGGGAAGCACAACAAAGGGAAUCGUCGCCUUACCCUUGGACUUCAGUAAGCCUGGGAAAAUUCAACAACAGCAGCUAUCAUCGGGAACGUCGGAGGGGCCCACAGAGUUUUUGCCAAUGGGAGUGGUAGGUGGGAAGGAAGAUGCCUCAGCGACUCAACCCCCGAUCAUAGCUCCAUGGUCGUUCACCAAUCCCACCCCACAUUCCCCUCUCUCCAGGGCUCCGCACAUUUUAAGUGCAGCCAACGGAUCUGUUGAUUUGCCCAGCAGUCAAGAUAAUUCUGUAGAUCGAGGAUGUCCACUUAAUCUCUCCCUGAAGCCUUCACCACAACAUGCGUCAGGAGUGGGAAUAAGACAUUGUGUCGACCAAUUCCUUUCAAACUUUCCCAGCACUGCCCCAAGACCAAGGCGCGGUAAAAUCCGACGAAGGCAUCUUCAGCUGCAAAGGGGAGCUGCGCGUGUUUUAGCCAGUGCAUGUAGGCAGCUCAUCGCAUUCCAUCAGACUCCUUUGCUACUCAGAAGGCACGCGUGUCAUCGUUUUAUUCUUCAGCCGAUAGUUGCAUCAGCCCAAGAGGUGGAUAAUGGGGAUGGAGUAGGGAAGAAUUCAUCAAGAUCAUGGCAUGGUGCGUGUCGGGUAUGCAGUGUCUGUUUAAACAAUCGCAGUCAACUGGAAGCACACUGCUUUGCUAAUGGACACCAUCAGGUCCUUCGAAGCGAUUCCUCAACACCUGCCGACAUUUUCCACCCCUCAACAGGCAUCUACAGCCUGCCAGUUGACUCCACACCACAGAAUUCGGUGGCAUUGAGCGCAAGCGAUUGUUCAGCGGAUGAGACUGGUGACUGGUGGGCGCGUCAGCAGAAGUGGCCAAUCAGUUUUGCAUCUGGUAAACUAGCGUCCCAUCAGCCGCCCUCAGGUAACACCACCGUGGCUGAGCAGUUCUGCUCUUAUCAGGCCUCCCAUCAUUUAAUUCAGCCUCCAAUCUUCAACGAGACCACUACUACUCCCACCAUUUAG